AAGGUAAUGGGGUCUCUUGCGGGGAGCUGAUGCGUCCUUACUUCAUUCACACGAGCGCUUCCUCCGGAGAAUCACCAUGAAUGUGGCAAUUCGGCAAGCUGCUCUGUUCCUCUCCCUGUGGGCUCUUUGUGCCCUUAGCAAGCCUACCGAGAAGAAGGACCGUGUCCACCAUGACCCCCAGCUAAGCGACAAAGUUCAUGAUGAUGCGCAGAAUUUUGACUAUGACCACGAUGCGUUCCUGGGGGCAGAUGAGGCGAAGACCUUUGACCAGCUAACGCCAGAAGAAAGCAAAGAGAGGCUGGGAAAGAUUGUAAGUAAAAUAGAUGAAGACAAGGACGGGUUUGUAACGGCUGAAGAGCUAAAAGCCUGGAUUAAGUUUGCCCAAAAGCGCUGGAUAUACGAGGAUGUCGAGCGCCAGUGGAAGGGGCACGACCUCAAUGAGGACGGGCUCAUUUCCUGGGAGGAAUAUAAAAAUGCCACCUACGGCUACAUCCUAGAUGACCCCGACCCCGACGAUGGUUUUAACUACAAACAGAUGAUGAUGAGGGACGAGCGGAGGUUCAAAAUGGCCGAUAAGGAUGGCGAUCUGAUAGCGACCAAAGAAGAAUUCACGGCCUUCCUGCAUCCUGAAGAAUACGACUACAUGAAAGACAUUGUUGUGCAGGAAACAAUGGAAGACAUCGAUAAGAAUGGAGAUGGCUUGAUUGACUUGGAAGAAUAUAUAGGUGAUAUGUACAGCCACGAUGGAGACGCUGAAGAACCCGAGUGGGUGAAGACAGAGCGGGAGCAAUUUGUCGAGUUCAGGGAUAAGAACCGUGACGGGAAGAUGGACAAGGAGGAGACCAAAGACUGGAUCCUGCCCUCAGACUACGAUCAUGCUGAGGCAGAAGCACGGCACCUAGUUUACGAGUCGGAUCAGAACAAGGAUGGAAAACUCACCAAAGAGGAAAUUGUGGACAAGUACGACUUGUUUGUGGGCAGCCAGGCCACGGACUUCGGCGAGGCCUUAGUACGACAUGAUGAGUUCUGAGCCUGGGGAACCUUCUUUCGUAACAAAAGAAGAAAAAACAUAAUUUAUUUUUGAUGGUUUCUGGACUAACGUGAGAAACUCUCACUGCUGAGACUGGCGGUUUCAGGCAACAACACAAAACAACCACCACCAAGAUAACCAUCCCGUCCGCCCCUUACUUUCCCGUGGGGACGGGUAUUCAGAGGCGUUCUGAAAAGCAUUACGACACGUGGAAGUUUUUAGUUUGUUUUUAUAGAUUUGCUUUUUGUUUUUACAUCUAACAAGUUCUGUUUAUUUUUGUAUUAAUUUUUUUUUUGUCCUGUGUGAGAAGAAGAAUACAUACCCUGAACUGUUAGGGCUCAAGCAGCACUAGUUUUCCCCCUUUUAAGUGUUGUGUGUUUAGUGAUACCUUUGUGAUAGCAAAAUGCCAGAGAACAAGGAGGGCCAAGAAAAACAAAACACAAAAGUGGCAGCCUCUUGUCUGAUCAUUUCUUUUAAAGGAGGGGACGUUUCAGUGGAAGGGUGGGGAUUGCUGGCAGAAUAUUGUUAAGGGAGCCUUCCGGUAUAGUCCGCUAUUACUGCUCUCGGCAGUGAUGAAGAUUUUCCCAUAAUGCACCUUCCACAUUUCCUCAAGAGCCAGGAAUGGUCACCCAGGGCUCUGUGUGUAUGUGAGAUUAGCAGCCCCUCGCAGUAGGAGUCCGUGGUGUCUGCAGAUCUCUGGGUGCCUGUUACCCUGGUUAUAAAGCCUCCUGCAACUAGCAUCCUUUCAGGGGUGGUUUUGUGCAACAAAACAUUCAGGGAAUGGAACGGCUCAACCAGCGCGGCUCUAGUCCUCCACCUGGCCCCUGUCUGGUGGGGUCUCUGCAUGGUUUCAACCCGCUGCUCCUCAUGCAUAGUUUGAAAUCAGAAGCGUUGGUCAGGAGCCUGAGGACCCCUCAGCUUGGAGUUGCCAGUGCCCGACCUAGAGCUGAUCCUUCUAAAGGAGGGGUGGUGAAUGUAGUGUUGGUGUUGGAGGGCUGGGAGAAAGGGGUCACAGCUGAGCGCGCCUGGGGAUUCUGCAUUUCUUGAAGUGCCUUUCUCUACAAAGAAAGAUCAGGUUUCCCAGGGCAAACUUUGCCCCCAAAUAAUGCCGAUUCCCUGGCGGCCGGAUCUGUCUUCUCCCACAUCCAGCCCAGCGAGCAGUUCAGUAUUAAAAGCCUCCCUCAGCAGUUUUCUGACUCUCAGUGGGCUUCAAGGCCUCAGCUGCUCGGGUUGGCCUUGUGCUUACCUCGAUAGGCAAACCACUCCCUCUCUUGCCGGUGUGUCCUGGAAUGUAACUUGUCUCCUUCGCUUCCAUCUUUUUAACUAGGGUGCUUAUAUUGGAAGGCCGGAUUGCAGCCUCUCUUGCCUCCCCUCCCUCCUGGAACAACGCUGCUCUUUGGGGGCCCAGUUUGCACAGAGCCGUGGCUGGGAGUGGGGCUGUGGCACUGGCCGUAGCCAGGUGCUGGCUGUGCAGAUUUGGAGGUCCAAGUCGUGGAAACUUUGGGUCAAAGCGCUUGUUCAUUGUGGCUGGAGCCUUUUGCCUAACUCCUUGUUAGUCCUUUGAACACUACAAGUUAGUUAACUCCCCCCCCGCAUCCCUAUCAUGGGCUUUACUGUUUCCUUUGGCUUAUGAGGACUUGAAGAAUAAAAGGCUUGAAACGCUAUCCGUUCCUGUUAAUUUCAUAGAAUUUUUUCUUUAAAAAAUUGAGAUGAUAGGAAAGCCAGAGGGGGUGUGUGGUUGUAUCUCAUGUCCUGGCCAGGAGUUCAUAAAGUCUGUGGGCAGGUUGUCUAUUUCAGCAGUUUUGGGCUUGGAUUUACAUUCGAUAACACCUGCAAGUACCUUUUAAAAAAAAAUCAGGGAAGGAAAGGCACCUGACGGUGCUAGGAGCAGGGAAUGAUCGAUCCCCUUUGGCUCACAAGGGAAAUUGAGGAUUGGGAAUUUAACAGAUUGGUUCUCCUUUUUCAUUUUGAAGAGCUGAGGACGGGAAGGGAACUUUUGAGAACUGCCUGCCUGCGCAAACUGGCCCAAACUAUCGGCACUAAAGGGCUGUUUGCUCCCUAAACAUGUUUCCAUGUUGACUUUUUUGGGUUCAAGCAAGAGCACUGCCCAGGCACUGCUCAGGUGCAGCCCCUGCCAGUCCCUAGCUAACCCAGUCUGCCAGUUUGAGGGAAAGGAUGCUUGUGUGUGCAGCGCACCGGCACCACCCACCUGUCGGAGAACCAAAAUGGGUGUUGGCGCUUCCUAAAUAUUUUGUUCCUUGACGCUGCUUGGAAUGCUGAAGAAGCAAGGUUCAGAUGCAUGCCGAAGCCAUCCCGUUACGUUGGAAAAACACACGGAGAGCUCAGUCUUGGUUAGGCCGUUCUGCACUGGCUGGUCUGUUGUUUAUGCUCUCCUUGCAAAGCUCUUCGCUGCACAGCCCCUUUGUUAUUCAAGCCAAUAUAAAGCUGGUGGUGAAAGAAACUGUGUUAUCUUGCCCCAAAGUUCUCUUUGUUGCCCCCCUUUUAGGAGGUUUCAUUUUGUAGAGUGUAAAUGGAGUUUUAUAUAAUGUACAACAUACAGAUAAAACUGUGUCUUAAUAAAAACGUUUACAUCCCUCUGGA